CGCAAGUGAGAAGAGCGAGCAGGCGAGUUAAGAGGAGGGAGGAGUUGGAGGUAGGACGCGGGAAGGGCCUGAUAUCUGACCUGAGAGGAGCGGGCGGAGCGUCGACGGAGAGAGUGAAGGGAGAUGAUGCCCGGCGUUGUCGGCCACGCAGCUGUCGAGGAGCGCCGCAUCGAGCGGCAGAUGGGGUGCAUGGACGGGUUCCUCCAGCUGUUCGACUGCCACCAUAUUACCACCGGGAAGCGCCACUUCGCCACCCGCCACCUCCAUACUACUCCGCUUGCUGAAUCAACGGCGCCGUCGGAGACAUCGGAUGCUUCGUCGCCGUCGUUCUUCAAGAAGAGCCAUCCGCCCCUGUCGUCGCCGGAGCCUUGCCCUUCGUCGCUCGAGAGCCGCUUCCUGGUGGAUACACCAGCGCGUUUGUCGCAUCCUCUGCCACUCCCCGUCUUUGAGGUGAAGGACGGGGUGAUGAGCUCCUGGAAGCUCCGGGACACUCCAAGGCUCUCUCUCGAUAGCCGCGCAGUGGUCGACGGGAAGGGAAAGCUCGGCCUGGGCCCGCUGGAGAUCCGGACUGCGGUCCGGGUGGCCUCUGCGAACCAAUCUGACUCCUCCGAGGUGGCAGAGCAUCGGCGUUCCCCGAGUGUCGUCGCGCGGCUAAUUGGGGUUGAAACCCUGCCAAGCACCGGCAGCGUAGCUGAAGCGAAGCCUGAACGGGGUGAGCUCCGGCGAUCGGCUUCCGAAUCCGGGGUUCCCAGAGAUGCACCGUACUACAGUUUUGUGGACGCGUGCUCGUUCCGGGAGCCAUCCCCACAGCCUCUCGAAGCCGUCCCGAUGUCUGCCGAGGUGUUCUUUAAAACAGUUAAUCUGGAUCAGUUCAGGAUCAGUGACGCGAAGAAGCUUGUGUCGGCGCCGAGACCUAUUCCCCUCACACCGCUCCAGCGAAGGAGCUUCUUCGACGCGGAGGACUUAUUCCCGGAGCCGAAGCGGUCGGGAAUGCUCUAUGGCGAGAUCGAGAAGCGGCUGAGAAUGCGAGGGAUCGACGAGCCGACGAAGAACUUGGAGACUCUGAAGCAAAUCCUCGAGGCGCUCCAGCUGAAGGGGCUCCUCCACUCCAAGCCGUCGGCACAUCGCACCAACGGCCGCAUUAAUCUCAUCUACGACUUCCAGACCGGCGCCCCGGUCGUCAUGAUGAACACGGCCUCCAAGCCCCCGCGGUUUCCGUCGAGCGAGCCGCCGCCGUCCAAAUCCAGCGCCGGUUGCCAUAGCGCUUCGCCAGUCUGGCGCAAACCGGCGAUGGUAAAUCGGAGUAUUAUUAUAGCAAACGAGCGGACGGUGCAUCGAAGGCCAUUAAACGCAGCGGUCAAGAAGAACCUGCAGCCCCAGCGGUGGAUCUCGACCGUUUGUUCACCAACGUCCACCCCGAAGAGGACAGGGCCGGAACUUCUGGCCACCGGAUCACCGAGGAGCCGAACGCCGAGGGUGACUGCGUCUCACAAGGAGCCGGUUCACCCACUGGCGAAGGACAAUACCUCCACCACCAUCUCCGAGAGCGGCAUAAGCGCCUCCUCUCCAUCAGGCUUCGAGAGAUCGAAGGCGGACAACAGAUCAGGCCGAAGUUUGUUGGAGCGAUGCGAUAAGCUGUUACACAGCAUCACGGCGUUUGCGCGAGCGGAUCAGGUCGCCGCCGUCGACCAGCAGCCGAGCCCCGUAUCCGUGCUCGACUCGUUGCCUUACCUCGGCGAGGACGUGUCGCCCUCGCCCCUCGCCAAGCGCUCCAUCGAUUUCAAAGAUCAAACGGCGGACGAGCGGGAGCAGUGGUCCUCGGCAGCGUGGAGGAAUCAUGGGGACCGGACCGAUGGGCCCGGUGAGGUGGAUCACGACUACGCCUACGUGUGCGACGUGCUCCGCGUGUCCGACCGCAACGGGGACGCCUCCGACGCCGUGUACACGAUCCUCGAGAGGCGCUGCUGCCGUCACCGCGGCGCGUCCCGUGCCGGCAGCCUUCACCGCCGGCUCCUCUUCGACACCGUGGCCGAGAUCCUGGAACGAAGCCGCGGCGUGUGCCCCUGGGAGGCCUUCUCCUGCGCCGGACCCCCGCAGGCGGACGGCGGGGAGGAGGUGGUGCGGCAGGUGUGGACGGAGGUGCGGCGCAUCCGGGAACAGGUGGCGGCCGAUGGCCAGGACGGCGCCGCGUGCGGGGCCGUGCGGAAGGACAUGGCCGCCAGGCACACCGAAGGGUGGAGCCUGCCCGCUGUCGAGAUCUCCGACGCUGUUCUCCUGAUCGAGCGGCUGAUAUUUAAGGAUCUCGUCGUCGAGACCAUCCUCGGCCUGGCCGACGCCGCCAACGAGUCCCGCCCCCUUCUUUCCCGCCGCAAGCUCCUCUUCUAACAAGACGACCAACGGUUGUCAUGUAACGAGUUCCAACGGUGUGUACACGUUUUCUACUCGAAAAGGAUCCUCGAGUGGUGGUGGAUUAUUUUGAGGUUUAUUAUGGGUCAUUAAGAAGGUCAAAAUACAUCUAUGCAUUUUGUACUUGCUUGCAUAUCUCCAACAUGAAAAUAUCAUCC